AUGUCCUCAACGCAGACAUUAGCUGGAUUUCCAUGUAUUUGGAUUUUUCGUUUUCUUUGCGAAGACGAAGAGCCGUUGCCUGGGUCGCCAGCGCAAACAUCCAAGUCGCCUACUGGUUUUACAACACAACUCAUCCUAUGUACAUCUGUAGGUUUGCUAUGCUUUUUGUUGUUUUGCUUUCUCAGAGUAAGACAUGCUCCAGAUCAACUGCCAACCACUUUCUUUGGCUGGAUCCUACCCUUAUUAAAGACACCAAAUUCAGUCAUCAUGGAUAAGGUUGGACUUGACGCUGUGGUGAUGCUUCAAUUUCUGCUGAUGAGCGUCAAGUUGUUCAGUUUUUGUGGAUUCUUUGGCACAGUUGUAUUAUACCCCAUCAGCAAAAUGGGCGGAGACAUAGCCAACGGCACUUAUCCAGAGAAUCCAAGCAACGGCACCGACAGCAACCAAACCACAUCGACGCUUUUGUUUACACAACAGGAGCACUUUUUUGCGGGUACCUCAGCAGCAGCGACUGGUACCAACAUCAGUUUUGUAUCACACUCAGUUUCCUUCUUGUGGGUUUAUUUGUUCUUCACCUACUUGUUUGUAUUCGCCACAUUUUACUUUACGUUCCUCAACUACAGAGACUAUGUUCGCAUCCGCCGAGAAUUCCUGCUUCGAAAGGCAAAGACACUGUCAGCUCGCACCUUGCUGAUCACAGGCAUUCCACCUUAUCUGAGAUCAGAUCGCAAAUUGGCAGAUUACUUUGAAAAGCUCGGCAUUGGCGUAGUGGAAUCAGUGCACACCAUUCGCCAUGUGGGCAGACUGCUAGAGUUUAUCAAGGAGAGAACGCAGCAUCUGAGACAGCUGGAGACUGCAUACACAAACUAUCUUGGUAAUCCCUGCCAAGAUCCCAACUAUGAUCCAGACGAGAUUUUGAACGAGGAAGAAUCCCGUCAAGUGGCACUGCAUGAAACAUGCUCCAGCACAGGCCUGGAUGGCUUACCGACACACCAGAAGCAAAGGCAGAGACCAACAAUACGACAAGGCAUAUGCUGUGGACCCAAAGUGGACGCCAUUGAUUAUUACACUGAGAAGUUUGAUGAAAUCGAUGAAUUGGUGGUAAAAGCCAGAAAAGUGGGCAAAUUCCUGCCUACCAGCGUAGGGUUUGUUACGUUUGAAGAGACAAUCAGCGCAUAUGUUGCCUCUCAAGUGCUGAUUGAUUCUACGCCAUUCCGACUUCGCGCUCAACUUGCACCUGAGCCCAGAGAUGUGUUGUGGGAGAACAUUUCCAUGCACGGAAGAGAGAGAGUGAUUCGCAAAGCGUUGAUCAUGUUCAUCUUGCUAUUCCUGGUGUUUUCAUGGACCAUUCCUUGCAACUAUCUCUCUGCACUGACAUCCACCAAAUCACUCAAGGCGUAUUUCCCUUGGCUAUUGAAGUUGGCUGAAAAGAACAAGGUUCUCAAGCAGAUUGUGGCGGGUUUCAUCCCUACAUUGGGUGUUGUCAUCUUUUUCUCCGUGUUGCCUAUUGUAUUCAACAGCCUGAGUGUAAUUGAAGGCUUUACUACAAGGAGUGAGUCUGAGGAAUCAUGUUUUGCAAAACAAUUCUUCUUUUUAUUCUCCAACGUACUCUUGUUCAUCACAGUGGCCAGUACUCUGUUCAAAUCACAAAAGGAUAUAUUUGAAGAUCCCACCAAAAUUGCCAAUAUCUUUGCCUCUAAACUGCCUGAAGUAGCACCCUUUUAUAUUAACUAUACAGUGCUUCAGGGGAUUAUGCUAUGUCCUAUCCAACUGCUGCAAAUUGGCCCUAUCAUUGUCCAGCAAUUCUACCGUACGUUUCUGUGCAAAACCCCUCGUGAUUAUGCUGAAGUCUUUGCUCCUCGUAUGUAUAACUUUGGAUGGGGAUAUCCUGUCCCUGUCUUCAUGUUUGUCGUGAUUCUGGUGUAUUCCACCAUUUCUCCUUUAAUUUUGGUGUUUGGUGUUAUUUAUUUUGCCAUGUCAUAUCUUGUGUGCAAAUAUCAACUGCUCUACGUCUACUUUCAUUCGUAUGAAGUGGCAGGCAGAAUGUGGCCAUUGGUCUUUUCACGUAUCAUUAUCGGUCUCUUGAUCUUUGAACUGACAUCGGCCGGGCUAUUCACACUGAACAAAUCCUAUCCGCUGGCUGCACUCUGUAUUCCACUUAUUUUCUUUACAGUGGCGUACAAAUUCAUGAUGGACAAGGCAUAUCAAAGGAGUACGCAAUUUUUGCCCCUGCAGCUAUUGUCCGAAAAACUUGGGCCCAUGACAACCAUUGCUUUGCAGCAAAAUCAGCCUAGAGGCGGCACCACCACUGUAGACGACAUCAAUGUUCAUCCAUUGAUGAAGAGCACGCCGACAGCCACUACAACCGACUCAGCAGAGACAGCCAAUGCAGAGACAAGCAGUGGUAGUAAUGCGGCUGAAGUAGCCAUGAAGAAGAACAGAAAGAGACGUACUGUGCUGGAUGAAGACGACUAUGAAGCUGAUCCGAGAAAAUUUACAGAUUUCAGAGAGCCACCCAUGACGCUAUUGAAUGGCAUUUUGAAUACGGGUAUGAAGCAAUAUGGUCAUCCAGCGCUAUUAGGUGUCUUGCCUCAGCUUUGGCUUCCCACCAAAGCUGGAUAUGAGGACCGCGCUGUGCUUAAUAACACGAAUGCAAGCAAUGAAUCUUCUUCGGCGUCAUUUUCAUCGAGUUCAUCCUUGUCUAUUUUGAGGAAACAGCAAAAAACGAGCUCACCAGACCAAGCGGAUGAGAAUCAGCCCCUGCUGGACAAUGCUACCACUACUACUACUAUACCCGCGCGUUCAAUUAAUAACACUACGAACAAUAACAUACCAAUCAAAAAGAAGAAAAAGACUCAACUAGAACAAGAGCUAGAAGAAGGUGGCCAAACUGACGAGGAAGAAGAGCAAGACAACACUGGCACCUACUACCAUCAUCCUGAGAGACGCCAUUCCAAGAACCUACUGAGUCGAUCUUACGGAGCAACCUCUUCAACAUCGAAAAAAUAG